CUUACUUUAAAGUGUUAUUCAGAAUGCCAUCAUACAGAGAAAUGUGUUUAUUUUGAUUUGUUGUCGAAAUCACUUUUUUAACUGUUACAAUUACAGUUAAUAUACUUUAAAUGUACUAAAUUUCAGCGUAAUCGUUACAAUCAUGUACAAUUACAAAUGCGUGAAAUGCAAGUUUCGUUAAUCAGUAGAAGUUACAUUAAACUGUAUUUUAGUUGACAGUUUUGUUAGAUGAUAUCCAUGUUCCAUACAAGAGGCAUUUAAACGAGAAGGAAUGCUAGUGUCCUGUGCAUCCCGUGUCUUUUUUGGUUUGUGCAUUUGGCCUAUUUAGACUCCUCUGAGGAUGCGAGCACGGUUCUGGGUGUACUAAGAAUAAAGCUCUGCAUUAGAUCAUUCAGAUUACAGGUUGCGGCUGUUCUGGGAACUGCAGACACACAGUCAGCUUCGGCGUUUUCUGCGCUCACGCUGUCCCUUGAUCAGUGACUCAGUGCUUAUUUGGCUUGCCGUGAUACAGCAGAAAGCGGGCAUCUGUAUUGACCUAGAGGGAGAGAGAGAGGGAGGUCUGGAGACUGCAGUGUUGUGGAGAGCUCACCAUUCGCUGUCUUGCAGAAACUAUCAGCCUGUGGAGCGCUUUUCUCAGGAGGGCUGUAGACAGUGAUAAGGUGUUAAAUUGCUGCCACUUUUCCACGCUAGGCUGGUUGGACGGCUUUCGCUGUUAGCGAGCAGCCGGCUGAGUUUACUGCCGGGUUGGAAGGUAUGAUGUCAUUCGGUUACAGACAGGUUCCACUCAUUGAUUCAUUGAUCAGUGAUCCAUUCCCAGCAUUUAACAACCAAGUGGAGAAUAAACGACAACAUAGUUUUUAUUUUGUCGUUUAUGAUACUUUUAUGCAAGGCCAAGGACAUCUUUGAGACAGCCUGACCAUCGUGGACGUCUGGGGCGAGGUGGAGGUCGUGGAGGGGGACAUGGAGACCCCCUACCUCGCACAGGAAGCUUGAGGGACUCCCAGCCUGAUGGGAAAGGCGGCAGACCCCACAGCACACCCCCAAACACACCCACAAGAAGACCCUCCCUUCCCUCAGAAAGAUCAGAUAAAAGAAUGACAAUUCCCUCCAGGUUCCAAAAAGAAGUCCAUGCCCAUCUCUCCCAAAACCAACAGCAAAGCAAUGCCCCUUCUAUCUUGAAUGAAAACACAACUCCAUCAAAACCCAGGCUGCCUCAUUCAGCGCCUUACAGUCCCAAGCUGGUGCAGUCCCGUCUGAAAGAGGUUCUUAACAAGCACAGCAAUGGCCUCUGGGUAUCCAAGCUGCCUCAGCUGUAUCGAGAGCAUUAUAAACAAGAUCUACCCAGUGAAGCCCUGAAAGACCUGGAACACUGGACGCACAUUUGUACUGUGGAAAAACCAUGCAGUACCAAACCUCAAGAGUUGCUGCUGUACCCUGCUAAAGAAACUAGCCAGAUUACCCCACAUAGUGCUGCUACACCCCCCACCCAUGACAAAUCCCCAUUUCAUCACAAAAAACCUCAGACUCAGAGAUCAUCUGCCACUUCCAAAUCAAGCACUCCGGCGUCCCCUAGAGAUCUACCCCCCGACGUCAAGCAGAAGCUUGGAGAGCUGCUCUUGAAAUACAGCAGUGGCCUCUGGGCCCACGCUCUGCCUAAACUGUACCAGGACACAUAUAAAUGUAAACUACCGGAGUUUGUGCUGGACCACCUCACCCUGCUUUCAGAUAUAUGCACGAUUGACUACCCCAUGCCGGACAACCCCAAAAGAGCAAUUCUGUAUACCAAAGUAGUAGAAGAUGAGAACCGUAACCAGUCGGGAUUGGCUGGCUCAGAGACGAAAGAAGCAGUAGAGCGCAGUCUGAGCAGCCAGACUGUUCCUUCUCUUGUCAUCCCUAGAGAGGAAUACCCUUCUGUCCUGGUGGUGGAAGCAGGUGACACAAACAGCGUCAUUCUGAGGUAUAUAGGUGAAGGUUACUCUAAGGCGCAGGAGAAGUUAGAAGAUGAAAUGAGAGAGUUCUAUGGGCAAGACAGCAACAAGGUGGCUUUGACUUCACCACUGACAGGUCAGCUGACUGCUGUAUGCGCUGAGGAAGAGGAGGAGAUUCUCCGAGCACAAGUCUGUGAGGUCAUGGCCGACAAGGUCAAGGUGUACUACGUGGAUCAUGGCUUUUCUGAAAUCAUCAGCAAGAGCAAACUAUUUGAGUUACAUGAGAAGUUUUAUAGAUUGCCUUUCCAAGCCACCAAAUGUAAACUAGCAGGCCUGGAGUCAUUCAGUCAGGAGCAGGCAGUACUGAAGAGGUUUGAGUCCAUGGCCACUGGCAAGAUUUUAUUGGCUGAGAUCUUAGAGCGUCAGGAAGUGCCUCUGGUGGUCCUGUAUGACACAUCACAAGAUGAUGAUAUCAACAUCAAUGCUGCCUGUAUGAAAGCUCUACAAGAUAAAUCCCUAGAGAGUCCCUUAAAGGUGAACAGUGCCUACAUGAAUGUGAAUGUGACCAGUGUUUGCUCAGACGGGACGAUCUACUGUCAGGUGCCCUCCAGAGGCUUGACUAAACUCAACGAAUUUCUGGAGAAGACUGAAAACUAUUUACAUUCCCAGGUCACAUCAGAGUUGCUGGUUUCAAGGCCUUUCUGUGGCAAAAUCUGUUUGGCUCGAUAUAAAGGCAAAUGGUCUCGGGUAGAGAUAACAAACCUGCACGGCAGCCGGGUGGUGGACAUCUUGUUUGUGGAUGUAGGCGUUCAGGCGUCAAUCGAGGUCACUGAGUUGAGAGAGAUCCCACCUCCUAUGCUGCGUGACCUCAUAUCCACUCCGGCCCAGGCACUGAAGUGUUGUCUGGCAGAUCUGCCGGUGAGCGUGGGCUCAUGGACUCCAGAUGCUGUCCAGUGGCUGAGAGACACGGCUCUCCACUGCAGUGACUGCAGUUUGAAGAUAGCUAAAGUGGAUGAGCCCAAACGGCUCGCUCAUGUUUAUCUCUUCACCAGCAAGAACUUCCACGACACAAGCUGCAGUUUAAACCAACAGCUGGCCAAUUGUAAUCUGUGGAACCACCAGAAGGAUGUUUUCUUAAGUAGCCGGGGGCCCUCAAAAUCCCUCAACGCCCCGACAAGCCCCGCCACCAUCCAGACCUCCACCGAUGGACAGAAUAAAGCCCCACACACACCCAAGAGGAUGUCAUCUCCACUGGGGAGCCAGAGUGCACCUCCUGGCUCUCCACCUGAACAGCUAGCUCUUCCGCCACUGCUGGAGCUGCCCGAGAUCGGGCAGAAUUUGGACGUGUUUGUUUCAGUGGCAUGCCAUCCUGGGCACUUUGUGCUACAGCCAUGGCACGAUAUGUACAAACUGGUGGAUUUGAUGGGGGAGAUGAUUCUGCAUUACAAUAAGAUGGAGGAGAAACCACUCAAGGUGGAGAAGAACCAGGUCUGUGCUGCCAAGGUGGAAAACAACUGGUACCGUGUACUGGUGAAAGGAGUCCUGACCAAUGGCCUGGUGUCAGUGUUUCAGCUGGACUAUGGUAAACAUGAGCUGGUGAGCUGCACCCAGCUCCGGCCCCUCACCCAGGAGUUCUGCCAGCUCCCCUUCCAGGCCAUCACUGCUCAGCUGGCUGGUGUGAAACCCAGGCAGUGGUCUGAGGAGGCCUCCAUUGUGUUCAGGAACCACGUCGAGAAGAAGCCCCUGGUAGCCCAGCUGGAAUCGGUGCAGGAGGCGUCACAGCCCUGGGAUCGCAAGGUGGUUAUCUACUUGGUGGACACUUCACAAGAGGAACGGGAUAUCUGGCUUCAUGACAUUAUGGCUGAAUUCACUGAUGAGAUGUCCAACGCAGCAUAGACAUUUUUGAAAAGUUCUCGUAAGAUUGUUGAUUAGAAUGCUAUAGAUUAAUAUUUUAUUUUUCCAAAUGUGACUUGGACGCAGAUCUGCGUUAGCAAAUGUGAAUCAGAGUUUAAAGGUUAAACUUUUAGACAAAAGUAUUGCAAUUUCUAUCAAACGUGUAUGUUAAACAAACAGGUGAGCAGCUGCUCUUCAAGGGUUUGACGUCUGUGAGAGAGUGAGUAAUGCUCUUUGUAGACUAUUGCCUUUCUUUUAACACUAGCUGUGAAGAUCCAUCGUCAGUGAAAUCGAGCUUCGAUAUUCUGUGGGACCUAAAGUUAAUCAUGAUCACUGAAGCUGUACCAAACCCUGACGCUGUCAAUCAUAUUCCAUAAUGUAUCUGAAAAGUGUCUGCAUACAUGAUACAGGUUUGAUUGUCCAGAUGAUGUGCUAUGUGGUGGCUUGCUUCAUGCUUCAAGUAUAGCAUGUUACGAAGCUGCCGGUUUACUACUCUAUAUGGUCCAAAAGAGACUAACAACGCACAGUGCUCUAACUUGCACAAAGCUGAUAGUGUGUUAUUUCAAAAUUGUUUACAUGGAGAAGCUUUUUGGAGUCUAAAAUUGUCUAUAAGCCAAGAGGAGCGGCAAAAGCCUACCUUGCUGUAGACGUAUGUAUUUGAGCUCUGGUUUUAGCAUUAUUUAUUUAGUUUUUAUUUUCUUUGUGUAUUGCUGAUAAUAUAGCGGAGGCAUGAAAUGUUUGGGGUUGUGACUAUUCGACGUAUUUUAACAGCAGUGGCAUAGUAAUUUAGUUUUAUUACCUGAAUAUGACAAAGCUAAAACUAGUUAAAAGCUAGUUGAAAGCUAAACCACUGUCGGCAUGUAGGAUUUCAUCUGCGUUUUAACUACAGAUGCUUAGCAUUAAAAGAAAUCAAAUAAAUGUGAAACGAUCACUGGUAGUGAACCUAAUAUAUUUCCUUAACCUUAAAUGUCAACUUGAAAUCAAAAUUUAACCAAUUUUCUUUAUUAUUACACCUCUCUGGAUUUAUGUGGAUUAAAACAAUGUCUUCGCAAUCAAAAUUAAAUAGCUUGUUCUUUCA